GAACACCGUCUUGAGGAUGUCACGUGUGGGCACCUGACCUUUGUCGAGGAUCUGCUUGUACGUCGUCCAGCACUCCUCCGACGCGAGGAAUGCUUUGGUGACUGCACCGCACACAACGGCGAGUGUGGCGUCUGGUCGUUCGGCGGUGAGCUUGCUGCUGAUCAGCGAAUCAAGCCAGCCGGUGGUAAUCGUGUUGUUCCGGAACGCUUCGAGUUCGAGAAGCUUGAUGAGAUACUCGACCGUAUGCCGGAAAUCUCCGCGAAUGCUCAGCUCCUUCAACGCGACGAUCAUGUUCUUGCGACUCUCGCUCCGGUCCUCUCCGUACGCGAAGAUAUGACCGAACUGCGAAUCGGCAAACUCGUGCAGACCGCCGGAGGUGGUGACAGAGAAGUACCCCCACACAUUGGUGCUCGAUCGGAAGUUCAGCUCUUGGAUAGAUCCCGACGAAGGCUUGAACCCAGCAUCGGGGUUCUCAGCCGUAAUACGCACAGCCACUACAUGCCCUUUCGGUCGAGGUUUGCGCUGCAGCUGGUUCGAGUCGGGCUUGACCUGGUCAAAGUCGAUCUCGGACGACGAGUUGAGAGCCACCCCGUAGAGCUGGCGAAUGUGCUUGAUACGGUGCAGAGGAAUACCCAUGGAAACCUGCAACUGUGCAGCGGGCAGAUUGACCCCAGAGACCAUCUCAGUCGUCGGGUGCUCCACUUGGAGACGAGGAUUCAGCUCAAGGAAGUAGAAGUCGUCUUCGGCGUGAUUGUAAAGAUCUGCGAAUGAUAAGCCCAAGAAAAGGGUGCAGGGGACACGAAACGCACAUUCGACAGUUCCCGCGCUGACAUAUCCAACAAGCUUGGCUAGUCGAACAGCAGCGCGUUCCAUCUGUUCGAAGGUAUCCUCCUUGGCGAUGGUCACAGGCGCCUCCUCGAUGAUUUUCUGAUGGCGACGCUGCACAGAGCAGUCUCGACCAAAAAGAGAGAUCGCAUUUCCGUAUUGGUCAGCGAGGAGCUGGACUUCAAGGUGACGAGCUUGGCCAGCCAAUUUCAUGAUGAAAAUAGGGGAACCUAGGUAUUUCGCCGGCAACUGCAUGGUAGGCAUUCUUGAAGGCGUCGGGCUUCUCCACUUUUCGAAUUCCCUUACCGCCUCCACCCUCGCUAGCCUUGAUCAUGACGGGAUAGCCAAUCUCUUCCGCCUUGACCAAUCCCUGCUCGACGCUUGUAACACAUGCGUCUUGAUAGGCAUUGUCGGGGACAAUCACAUAACCGGACUCGGAAAGAGCAGUUUCCGAUAUGCCGGUCCCGGACCAAGCCAUGGUCGGGACCUGUGCGCUUUGCGCGACGAUGGUGCUAGAGAUCUUGUCUCCCAAACUCCUCAUCGCGCUCCCGGGAGGGCCGAUGAACACGAUCUUGUUCUUGCUGGCGGCCAGGCUUUCCGGCAGACGCGGGUUCUCCGACGCGUGUCCCCAACCGGCCCAGACUGCGUGCACGCCAGCUCUCUCAGCGACAUCGACGAUGAGAUCCACGUUGGCGUAGUUGUUGUUGUUGGCACCUCCCGGCACCUCGAUAUAUCGGUCUGCCAUACGGAUAUAUUCUGCGUUGACCUUGAGAUCUUCCGGAGUCGCCAUCGCAGUGAAUUCGACCUCGCGCUCGUGCCCGAAAGUCUCGUAGCUCCACUGACGGAUCGAGCGAAUCAUCUUGACCGCCGCAAUACCUGAGAAUCGUGAGAGGGGUCAAAUCGCGUCCCGCAGAUCGGACAAACCAUUGUUAGCGAUGAGGACCUUUGCGACAUGUUUUAGUGCUCCGUUUGAAAGCUGAGAUGCAGAGAAAACUCACCUUGGUGAUGACGAAUUCCCGCCUGAGAACCUCCGUAUUAGCCUCGAUGUUGGACUGAUGAAGGGCAGGGGAGGGUACCGAUGAAAUGCUGCACUUUUGAGUGGUCGUAUCCCGACAUGUUGAGAGAAAGACGCGGGGCGAUAAACCUGCAGUCGACGGCCCGUCAGGGAAGUAGAAAAGCAAGGUGACGGAAGUUUUCGACGAUGAUCUGGUCUAGACUCUUUGAAUGCUUUGGUCACUUGUACGGUCCGUUACACUGCUCUAAAUCGGGCUGUUACGAGUGAGAGCCUGUCCGCACUUCGUUGCCCAGUGUAUGCGCGCCAGGGAGACUGAAUCUGGGCCGUCGCCGCCCUCCCCAAAAAUCUCGCUUCGGAAUCUGUGGGGAUCCCCGUCACAAUCACAGUAGCGAAUUGGCGUGGCCGCAGGCGCUGCCGACUCCCAAGCAGCAGAAUAUUGCCCCAGUACAUAUGUCCCGAAGGUGUAAAUACGACGAGAUGCAGAUUGCAUAUCACUGCACAUGUUCCCCAGGCCUCCUCAUCACAUGCCAACCAAGUUCAAGUCACACUGCAUGGCCAGAGAAUUUGAGCGAGCGGCGGCAAAAAUGAUACUAGCAGUUCAAACUCUCGCAGGAGUCGCAAGACACGUCAUACUUCUACAUAGAGGUAAGUACGCGACGGCCCCGGCCCACUCCCAGCCAGCACCUUCGUGAUGACGUACGCUGGAAGAAACCGAAGGUCAG